GAAUGAACGAACAAACGGACGGAGAAGGUGAAAUGAUUCAGUCUAGGCCUAGCCUUCUUCCAGUUGUAGCAGUAUAAAAAGGUUAGAUUCUGAUUCAAGCAAGCAAGCGCUGUUUUUCGUUUGUCUUUUUUGCAAGUCAAAUUUAGCCUAGCCUACGACUAACGUCGGGUUGAAGAUCUAGAUAGGUCUAGAUUCUAGAUCUACUGUUUAUCACGAUGGCAGGUGUAGAAGAAAGCGAUGAAACUAACGUGUUCAGUUUCAAGGAUGAGAAAAUCGUUCCGGAUCCAUUCUUUGAUUACCCACAGAACCUUCGUGAGGAGCGUGUGCCUUUGGUCAUUGACAAUGGAACGUAUCAGUGUCGAGCAGGCUGGGCCACACAGGAGUCACCAAGUUUGGUAUUCAAGAACAUAAUGGCAAAGCAGAAGGGCAAGAAAACUCAAAAUGAAAUCGAAACGCAGAUCGGAAAUGACAUCACAAAUGUGGAAGUGGUCAAGUGGAUCCUUCGAUCGCAGUUUGAUCGGAACAUAGUCACACUCUUUGACAUCCAGGAGCAAGUCUUUGAUCACAUUUUCUCUCACAUGGGAAUCAACACCGAAGGCUGUGUGGACCAUCCUGUUGUUUUGACGGAGGCCGCGUGCAAUCCCACCUAUACCAGGCAGUUGAUGUCUGAGCUGCUGUUUGAGUGCUACCACAUCCCUCAGGUGGCCUACGGAGUGGACUCAUUGUUCAGCCUGUACUACAAUUAUCCCAACGCUGAGAGUGCCAACGCGCUGGUGGUGGACUGCGGCUACCAGGCGACCCACCUUCUGUCGGUGCUGGACGGGCGGAUCCAGCCGGAGCACUGUCGGCGGGUCAACAUCGGUGGCGGCUACGUGGACUGGUACCUCCAGCGCAUGCUGCAGCUCAAGUACCCGUGCCACGUCGCUGCCAUCACCAUGAGCAGGGUGGAGGAGAUGGUUCGCGAACAUUGCUACUUUGCCAAGGAGUUUUCCUCGGACCUGGCCGCUUGGGAAGAUUACGAUUUCUUCGAGAAAAACGUGAGGAAAAUGCAACUGCCUUUGGCACAGGUUCUGAACAAACAGCUUUUGUCCUCGGAGCAACAAAAGGAGAGACGAAGACAGCAGAUCUCGAGGCUUCAAGAGGUUAAUGCACGCCGACGACUUGACAAGCUUCAGGCUGAUGAGGCCACUUUGCAGAAACUUCUGGAAGUCCAAGACCUGAUUCUCACUGCAGAUGACGAUGCUUUUGUGACGGCCCUGGCUGAGGUGGGUCUCCGGCGAGUGGAGGAUCUCCAGGAACACGUGGACAAGCUCUCUGCCAACAUCCAGCGCGCUAAGGCCAAGAUCUUGGGCCAGGAGCCAGCGCCGAUAGAGUCGGAGACCAAAGAGCCGUCGUUCCACUUGCUGGACAUCCCGGACGAGAUGGUCACCCCAGAGCAGCUGGCGGCCAAGAAGAGGCAGCGGAUCCUCAAGAGUGCGCGAGAGGGCCGGCAGAGGGCGCUGGCUAUACAACGGGAGAAGAGGCGAUUGGAGUGGGAAGAGGAGAAGAAGUUGGAAGAGCGGAGGAAGAUUGAUUUCAGCGGCUGGUUGGCUGAAGUGCGAACCAAACGACAGAAAAUCUUGGAUGCCCGCAGCGCCCGACGACAGAGGAAGUCAGACAUGGCCAAAAGGAGAACUUUUGCCUCUCAGCAGCGAAUGAGGAUCAUUUCCCAGCUGGCAGCUCAGCCAUCGAAGAAGGGAGACAACUUUGGACAAAAUGACGCCGACUGGGAUGUAUAUAAGGAAAUUAACAAAGAUGGCGGCACCAGUGACUCAGAAGCGGAGGAAGAGAAGCUGGAGGAGCUGGAGACGCUGCUCAAAGUUCAUGACCCGGAGUUUCAGAAAGAAAUGGACGUGGGUGGACUGUCAGGCGAGCUGUCCCUGGCUGAGUCGUAUCGUCUGCAGCUAGGCAUAGAGAGGAUCAGGGCGCCGGAACUUUUGUUUCAACCGUCGGUGCUGGGAUUGGAUCAGGCCGGUCUGGCAGAGACGAUGGAGUUCAUGUUGAACAGGUUAGAGGCGGAGAAGCAAGACAGGAUAGUUCAGAAUGUGUUCCUCACAGGAGGCAGUGCCAACCUGAAAGCCUUCAAGGACAGGAUCGACUGGGAGCUGCUACAGAUGAGACCGUUCCAGAGCUCCUACAACGUCUUCUGUGCAGCCAACCCCAGCCUGGACGCAUGGAACGGAGCGAGGAAGUUUGCCAUGUCGCCUCUCCUGACGGCCGGCUCCAUCACCCGCAAAGACUACGAGGAGAUGGGGGAGGGUUAUCUCAGGGAGCACGUGGCAGCCAACAAAUAUUUCCCCAACCCUCUACCGGCGGCCCAGAAGUCGUAAUUUGUUCGAACUGCAGUGACAUUGUUUUGUUUUUUUGUGUUUUU